AUGUCCGCAGAACGACAAGAUCAUAAGCUUGAUCGAAAUGUUAAUAGCGAGAAUGAAAGCGAGUAUAUCAGAACCUCAGACGUCUCGGAAAAGGGUGUGCAUGAAAUAUUUCGACAGCACUUUAAUGCUCGCUUUGAGCCCCUUAAGGUGGAGCCCAGCUCAGUCAACAUAGACAAGGCAGCUGUCAUAAGCGAAUCCGAAUCAUCGAACGACGAAACGGAUUGGGAUGGUAUCUCUGACGAGGAGACAAACGUACAAGUUGUAGAGUUUUCAGAUGAAACUCAGCUUGGGACAACAUUUAUGUCGAAGACAGAGAUAAAGGCUUUUAUGAAUUCGAAGCCGCCUCUUAAUCUGCCAUCCACACCACACACUACCAGUGAAGGCACAAACAGGCACGAUACGGUGGAGGCUGAUCACCUCAAGAAUGAUCUAGCUCUCCAAAGACUUCUAACUGAGUCCCAUCUUCUCGAGUCCUCUCAGGACCUAACGUUAAGUGGGCGCAACCGACAUAAAGCCACUGAUAUGCGCCUUCAGUCUUUAGGAUCCAAAUUUUCUAUAUUAAAGCAGGAGAAAAUGCCCAUGGCGCAUCGACGCGGCAUCGAGGCAAAGCAGAAUGAGAGAGAAGCCAAGCGACGGCGCAAUGCCAGAGAAAAUGGAAUUAUCCUCGAGAAAGCUGCAACCGCCAGCAAAAAAGGCCCCGAUCUCAAACGUGAUCGAGGCAUUGGUGCUCCAGGAGUUGGAAGGUUUGCUCGCGGCACUUUAAACUUGAGCCGAAAAGAUAUUGCCGAAAUUCAAGGCCCCCGGCGAGGGCCGAUGAUGAAAAGGGGUGUUAGUGGAAAAGGGAGAGGCAAAAAAAAGUGA